AUGUCUACUCAAAACACUACCCCCAAGACCCCUCUCAUUCCCUCCACCUCUCGAUCUGACAAUACCACGUCUCGCCAACCCUCGAACUUCGCAAUAGGAACAGUCCAAGCCCUCGCCUGGUUGCGCGUCGUGGCUGGCGGUGCUGCCCUUGUUGCCCCCUCCUUCACCGCAAAACUCUUCUUCCUCCCAGGCGUCACACCUGGGUCACUUGCCAGCUACCAACUCCGCCUAUUCGGGAUUCGUGAUGCCGUGAUCGGCGAAUUACUCUACACUGUUCGCCCAAAAUUCCCGUCCGCCGCUUCCCCAGCGUCACAGACGGAGUCAGAUUGGGAGAGGGACCGAAAGGAGUUGCGCAGAAUGCUGUGGGCGAAUGUUGCCACGGAUGCCUUGGAUGUUGUUGUGACCGGAACUGCCCUCGCGGCUGGAAUUAUUCCGCGCUCAGCUGCUGUUGCCGUGGGCGGUGGUGCCACGGUUUUUCUAUUGAUGGGUUUGGUAGGACUAAAGACGAUCUAA